AUGAGCAGUGGCGGAGAAUGUUAUGAGUGCAAAAACCAUUGCGUCUUCAAAGAAAUAAAAAAUGAGCUCUUCGGUUAUCCUUGCGACUUGUGCAAGCGAAUAAUAUGUAAAACCUGCGGUAAUCUCUCUGCCUCAGAAGUCAGAGUGGUAUCAAUAGUAAACAGAACUAUGCCAUUUAUGUGCCCCGCAUCCAAAGAAAAUAUGUUCAACAUUCCUACUAUUAUCAAGCGCCUAACACAGCUCGAGACGUUGAUUAAUGAUCGUCAUUUGAAGACUAAAGUUGUUGUGGUUGUAGUUGUGGAGAGUUCUUGUAGUCAGACUGAACAGGGAAAUAGUGAUACCAUUGAAAAAAUAAUAAAGCUUGAUGAGAGACUCACAAGACUGGAGCAGAGCGCUAACACAGUAAACAGCGAUUCAAAGGUGGUUAACUCUGAUGCCAUUCCAUACUCUGCUAAUGAAGAAAUAUUAUCUGAGGUAGCUGAGAGGCAGGAACGCACUAGCAAUAUUAUGAUUCUCAACUGCAGCCUCAAUGUUGGUGAUGGUGACACAUCUCCUCUUUCAGGAGUUCUCAGCGAGGCAUGUACCCAAACUAUAAGCGUUUUGAAUGUCAUUAAAGUCGGAAAACCCAAUCGAAACAGUUGUCAAGCAAUGAAAGUCAUUCUUCAGGAAAGACAAUCUGUUCAUAACAUCUUGAAAAAGAGAGGAAAAAUAAUAAAAGACCAUCACAUUUACAUAGAAGCUGACCAAACAAUCUCACAAAGAGCUGAGCUGAAAUCCCUACAGGAUGAAUUGAGACGUCGCCCAGCAAAUGGCGAAGCGAACCUAGUUAUAGGGUAUUCCAGGGGUAGACCUAGGAUACUUUCCAAAAACUGA